AUGAAACCAAAAAACUUUGUUCCUUCAUUAAUCGUUGGUUUCUUUUUGUACUUUCGAGUAAUUCUUGGCUUGGGGAUAGAUCGCAACAAAGAAUGCACUGUAACUCCGUUGGGAGUCGGUCAGGAUGACACUGACCAGGUUUUGGCUGCAAUCUCUCAAUGUGGGACUAAUGGGACAAUCACAUUUACAGAAGGCUCCUUCAACAUCACUAGAAAGAUGACCUGGGAGCUGAACUCUGCCAAAGUCAAUUUGUUUGGUUACUUGAAUGCAACCCUCUAUUUCUCACAGUUCAUUCCAGACAUUGAAUACUGGCUCAAUAUGUCGAACACAUACCAAGUGGUGUUCAUUCAGAGCCAGUCUUCCUGGUUUGUUGUCACAGGUUCCGACUUCGAAAUCGAUGCACAUAAUACUGGUGGCAUCCAAGGCAACGGUCAAAUUUGGUGGGACUUUUUCUCCAAUCGCACCAAAGAAGACGGUGAUGGUCGUCCGAUAUCUUUGACGCUGUUUAAUGCUACGAGAGGGGUGGUACGAGAUUUCCGUAUUGAUGCACAACCAUUCUGGUGCAAUUGUAUUGCGGAAUCUGACGAUGUUGUGUACGAUGGGAUGUUGUGUAAUGCUACCAAUACUAAUCCAGAAUUUGCGGGCACCAAUCUUGUACCCAAUACCGAUGGCCUUGACACAUACAGAAGCAACAACGUAACACUCAUGAAUUGGGAUAUCACCUGUGGGGAUGAUUGUCUUGCGUCCAAUACGACAAACUUAACUGUCCGUAAUGUCACUUGUAAUGGAGGGAAUGGGAUUGCAUUCGGCUCUCUGGGCCAAUAUGUUAAUCUCAGGGAUGUCAUCGAAAAUGUCUACAUGGAAGACCUUCAAAUGGUCCGUCUCCCUUCCGAUGUGCAACCGAACAUGGGAACUGGGGUCUAUUUCAAGUCGUGGACUGGGGAAGUAAACGGUACUCCUCCCACAGGAGGAGGAGGAGGAACUGGGCACGUCCGCAACGUUACUAUCCAAAAUGUGAAUGUGGAUCAGGUAGAUAUUCCAGUUCACGUUUACCAAACAAACGGUGGUAGCGCCUCUGAAACGCCUUCGACAUUGAUGUUUAGCGGGUUACACUUCAAUGAUUGGACGGGGAAUGCCACCGGCAACACCAGUUCGUUUAUUCUCUUCGUCUGCAGCCCCGCUGUAAACUGCACCGAUCUCAGCUUUGAAUUGUUCAAUGUCACACCCGCUGCCAACGAAGCGCCACGAUACAUUUGCCAGAACGUUACCAGUAUAACAGGGUUGCAAGGUAAGAGUGACAAGAUACUGCGAAAUCAGCCUGACUUGUGUAUCUGGGCAUUGGGCAUACAGCACCGUGUAACGCCACUGGAGAGUCUUAAAAAAGCAGAACAGCGGCGAUGA